AUGACCAGUGAUCUACUGUCCAGAUUCCGAAAGGCCUUUGGCUCUUCAACCGAACUCGUCCGCAAACAAAGACCGCGCCUCGAUCAUCCCGAUCAAAUGGCUCCGAGGACGAAAACGGCCGAGGCCAUGCGAUUCCCGUAUGCACACUACGCACUUCUUCCCUGCCCUGAUGACGAAGCGCUGGAGAUGGGAGGAACGUGA